AUGGAAUAUAUAACAAGUAUCUUUAUUGAAGAAACUACAGUGCUAAAGAGGGACAUUAUUGUAGUCAUUCAAAAGUUCAAUAUCCAAGUUAGCAAUUUGACUCAAGAUGUCCUUGGAAAGUCUAGUUCAACUGUUUAUGCCAUUGCAUUGUUAGCCUCUGGACAGAGCUCUGCAAUAACUGGUACAUACGCUGGGCAAUACAUCAUGCAGGGUUUUCUAAACAUGAAGAUGAAAAAAUGGCUGAGGAAUCUCAUGACUCGAUCAAUCGCAAUCACUCCAAGUCUCAUCGUGUCCAUCAUCAGUGGUUCCUUAGGAGCCGAAUGGCUCAUCAUAAUCUCAUCGAUGGUACUAUCAUUUGAGUUUCCAUUUGCACUCUUAUCUCUUCUCAAAUUCAGCAGCAGUCAAACAAAAAUGGGACCUCAUAAAAGUUCAAUACAUAUCAUUGUGGUGUCAUGGAUUCUUGGUUUGCUUCGAGUAGCAAUCAACAUCUACUUCUUAAGCACCAGCUUUGUCAGUUGGCUCAUUGAUAGCAGCCUACCAGCAGUUGCUAACGUUCUCAUCAGCAUCAUUGUUUUCCCUCUCAUGGCAGUGUACAUUCUUGCUGUGAUCUACUUAACCUUCAGGAAGGAGACUGAAGUAACAUUCGUCGACCCAUGGAAUUCUUCACAUGUUAACAUAGAGAGUGGUGUUUCAUUUCAAGUUGAUGGAAUGAGUAGAUCUUAA